UGAUUCGGCCUUUUAUGGUAAACAUGUAAUAGAAAUAUAGUAUAAUUAGAUACACUUGUACUUGUAGUGUCUUAUAAUUUUUAAUACGCUAUGUUGUUAACAACCCAUAAAUAGCAGAAUAUACACCGUAACCAGCUUAUAAGCCACAACAUCAAUACGUUAUCGAAAAAUGACAUAUGCAUAUAUAUCUGACACAUUGGAAAUUGUUUGAAAACUUUCUGAAUUGUCGAUAUAGCAAAAUAAUAAUAAUCUAGUGGCAUUUUGCUCAGCGAAAGUAAUAUAAUAUUUUACAGGCAAUAUGGUAAUUACUAAUGAUAUCACUUUGCCCACUGAUGAAGAGUUAACUGUGCAAGAGUUAAAUUUAUCUACUUCAGCCCUUCGAGCUGGUGCAUUUCAUUUAGGCAAACAUUGUGAAAAUAAGAAUAAUGAAUUUAUGCUAUGUCGACAAGAGUUAGACGACCCCCGGGCAUGUAUCAAUGAAGGAAAAGCAGUAACUAGCUGCGCUUUGGACUUUUUCCGGAAAGUAAAAAAGACUUGUCAUGAAGAGUUUCUUCAAUAUGCAACUUGUUUAGACAAAAGCAGCGGUAAUAUGGCUUUUGGACAUUGCCGAAAAACACAAGGUGUUUUUGAUAAAUGCGUAUCCGAUAAUUUAGGUAUUGAUCGUCCUGAGUAUGGUUACUUUACCCGAGCAAAGAUUCACACCACUGAACGUGAAGCUCCUGCUAAACCUAUAAAGAAGGAAUAUCCUGAUGCUACACCUGGUCUGCCAGAUGAUUACCCAAAGCCUCCGGCCAAAUAUGGAUCACGUUUCCAUUGGCUCGAAUAAACUAUAAUCACUGCGUCAGUCCUUAAUAAAAUUACAGUGUGUAAAUAGUGAAUUCUCAGUUUAAUGCAUAUUUGAUUGUUAAUCAAAAUUCAUGCGAAUAUGACAUAUAUGGGAAAAAUAGAAAUCAAUAAUUAAUUAACAGUCACAAUUCCUUUUAUUACUCUAUAACUACUUUAAUUAUAUUUUAUCGU